UAAUUAAUAAAUACAUUCUUAUUUGACUAGUGUAGUGUGCUGCUGACAGUGACGGAACAUGAUCUCAUGAUGGAUGUAAAGUUAUUAGUUUUUAGUCUUUUUGGACUUAUCGGUGUGUGUGUGGGACAGUUCGUACAGCCUGGACAAUGCAAUUCUAACUUGCCUGUAGCUUCGAACUUCAACGUGUCAGAGUUCGUAGGAACCUGGUAUGAGGUCGCGAGGGCCUGGACCCCACGGCAUGAGGGAGACUGCGCCAGCCUCGAAAUCAGUAUCGUCUCCGAAACAAACACGUCCGCUGAGCUAGGAGUACUCAGCUCGUCUGUGAGGGAAAACUUCCUAGUCGAACUUAAUGGAUCAGCUAUUUAUGAAAAUGGAACCGCCAGACUGUUAAUCACAUUGCCAAAUUUCAAUAAUUCCAUUAAUUUUUGGGUUCUGGACUUCCAGCCAAGCGUAUACAUCAUACUUUACGCAUGUGAAAACAUAAGUCCGACGCAAAGGAGCGUCUACGUAUGGCAGCUCUUACGGACCAAUGCGUACCCCAACGAGAUGGUACCGGCUCUGAUGAAUACUACCUUGAACAACGUGCUAGGCGUCAACGCUCUGGAUCUUUAUAGCGUAUCGCAUACUAACUCAAGUUGCUACAUCUUGCCGACCAUCAAUGUGGGUGAAGACGUCAUCCUUCCUGGACAGUGUGAUGUCAAUAUCCCUGUUGUGCAGAACUUCAAUGUACCACAGUUCCUCGGCGUGUGGCAUGAGAUCGCUAGUUACCAUUCCGCCAACGCGAUUGGCGAGUGCAACAGAGCGGAGUACAGUCUCGGUGAUGGUGUUGUGAACGUCAUGAACAGUCAAGUCAUCAAUAAGACCUUGCUCAGCAUCAAUGGUUUCGCCAGAGUCAGCAGCAAUGACGGCAGCGCGAGAUUAUCCGUUGUGCUAAAUGUACCAGGAGGGACCGUACAGCAAGAUCUUUGGGUUAUCGCCACUGACUACAGUAAUUAUGCAAUCUCCUACACUUGUGAAAAUGUCAACAACAGCUCAAAAAGAAUAUACAGCUGGAUUCUGAGUAGAAACCCACAACUAUCGCCCAGCGCUGCGGCGCAGGUGAAUCAAGUAGUAAACUCUAUAAUGGAGCUCAACAAUGCUUAUUACGUCGCUGCAGACCACUCUGAUUCCGCUUGUUUCUAUUAUCCCCCUCCCGUGCAGAACCAGGCCGUCAUCUUUAGAGGACAGUGUGACCAGAACAUCCCUGUUGUUCAAAACUUCAACGCUGAGCGAUACAUGGGUUUAUGGCAUGACACCGAGUCCUACCCUACCCGCUUCCAAGGGGGAUCCUGUAGUAACGCGCGCUAUAGUCUGUCGAAUAGGGGCGUGGAAGUCUUCAACACCCAGGUUAUCAACCAAACCCUGGACACCAUCAAUGGAUUGGCAGUUUUGGCCAGUACGGACGGAAGUGCUAAAUUACGCGUCACCUUCCCUGUCGCUGGUACAAGCCAGACAAUUACUACAGAUUAUUGGGUAUUGGCCACAGACUACGACAGCUAUGCUCUAGUCUAUUCUUGUAUGCCUCUCGCCGACAAUAGACGACAAGUGACCAGCUGGAAACUAAGUCGAAGGAAGGCGUUGACGGCUGCAGCAGCGACCAUCAUUAACAAUGUGAUGAACUCUAUCGACGUGCUAGACCAGCGCUACUAUCAGGCCAUGGACCAAAGCCCUAAUGGCUGCUUUUACAUCCCCGAGCCUCAGGAGGGCGUUCCAGUAGUCUUUCCUGGACAAUGCGAUCCAACCAUACCGACAGUCGUAAACUUCAAUUUCAAUCAAUUUGCUGGAACCUGGAACGAAAUUGAGUCUUAUCCUAAGGAACAGCAACAGGGACACUGUAUCAGUCAUGACUUUACUGUAGGAGGCGUCAACACGUUCAAUGUCCGAUCAACGAAUGUAUAUGACCAGUUCCAGGGUUUAUCUCAGGGUACAGCCUCGCAACCUACUGGCCAACCCAGUGGAAGACUGACAAUGUCUAUUAGAGUUAACGGCUCAGAUAUUUCCUUCCCCUACUGGGUAAUAGCUACAGAUUACUCCAACUACGCUUUGAUCUACAGUUGCAUAAACUUAUCCGAAGACUUCAGAGGAAUUUGGAGUUGGAAACUCAGCAGAAGCCGAAGUCUGACACAGACACAGAGAGAUAUUAUGAAUAUAGCAAUGUCGAACAUCGAAGUAUUGGACAAUAGGUACUUUGAGAGCAUCGAUCAUACGGAUGAGGCUUGCUUCUUCCUCCCUGAACUGGCACCAGGUGAACCGAUUAUACUGCCUGGACAGUGCGAUCGGAAUAUAAGGGCAGUGCAGAAUUUCAACGCGGCUAGGUACCUCGGACGCUGGAGACUGAUCGAAGGCUAUCCAUCAGAUUCCCAACGCGGCACAUGCCAGGAAGCCAAUUACGAGCUCGGACCCACUGGAAGGGUUAUUGUUUUCAACACUGAGGUCCAAAAUCAAACUUUGCGAACAAUAACCGGUGAAGCCACUGCUUCUGCUGAUGGCAGUGGAAAGCUAUCCGUCACAUUCCCGCACACAUCAGUUCCUUUUGAAUAUUGGAUUCUUGAUACAGAUUACGAUGACUACGCUUUAGUUUACGGUUGUGUUGACGUCAGCAACACCCGCAGAAGAAUUUGGAGCUGGAAACUGAGUCGUACUAAUUCUCUGUCGGAGAAUGCCACUGCUGCGAUAAACAAGGUCGUAAGAAGUGUCCAAGUGCUGAACCAGAGAUACUAUGAACGUAUCGACCGUUCUAAUGCCGGGUGCUUCUAUUACCCGGAACCUAGCAACAACCGGGUGGUAUUCCGAGGCCAGUGCGAGGACAUACCUGUGGUCCAGAACUUCAUGGCUGACAGGUAUACGGGCUUAUGGCAUGAGAUCGAAUCAUACCCAGCUCCCUUCCAAAACGGUAAUUGCAAUAAUGCAUACUAUACAUUGGUUGGUGGAACUGUGGACGUCUUUAAUACCCAAGUUAUCAACCAAACCCUGGAUACUAUCAGGGGUACGGCAGUCUUAGCUACUACAGACGGAAGUGCCAAGCUUCUUGUUAGCUUCCCUAUUGCUGGAACAAACCAAACAUCACUGGCUGAAUAUUGGGUCCUCGGUACAGAUUACAUAAGUUACUCUAUUGUAUAUUCCUGCAGAAACAUUAACAAUGAAGAAAGACAAGUAAUAAGUUGGAAGCUAAGCCGAACUAAGCAACUAUCAGUCCCUGCAUCGACGGCUAUUAAUGCUGUAGUCAAUUCGGUCGAUGUGCUAGAUCAGCGAUAUUAUCAAGUUACUGACCAAUCUCGCGACGGUUGCUUCUACUUCCCUGAGCCACAGCCGGGCGUACAAGUUGUAUUCCCCGGACAAUGCGACCCCAACAUACCUGUCGUACAGAACUUCAACAUGAACCAGUUCCAAGGCACGUGGUACGAGAUCGAGGCGUACCCGAAGGAUGACCAACCAGGCCAGUGUAUCAACCACCAGUUCGCUGCAGAUACCAACAAUAGACUCAGCCUCAUCUCUAACAACGUCCUGAACCUCACUUUAGGUGUCUCCAACGGCAGUGUAUCCUUUGUGUCCAACGACAGAAGCGCAAGAUUGACCAUUACCAUCACGAGCAAUGGCACCACUGUAGAGAUCCCUUACUGGAUCGUGAGUACGGACUACAACAACUACGCCGUGGCUUACAGCUGUGUUAAUAUCAACGCUGACUUCCGAGGAGUUUGGAGCUGGAAGCUGAGCAGGACUAAGCAACUGUCAGCAGCAGCCAACACGGCCAUCAACAACGCCAUAGCCAACAUCGAUGUGCUUCAAAACAGAUACUACGAGCUCAUCGAUCAAAGCGACAACGCCUGCUUCUACUUGCCUGACCUCGGGCCUGGAGAACCCGUCGAGUUCGUUGGCCAAUGUGACACUAACGUCCCUGUCGUACAGGCCUUUAAUGCCGCUAGAUACUUGGGACUCUGGAGGCUGAUAGAAAGCUAUCAUUCAAAUUUCCAAGGAGGCACAUGUAAUGAAGCUACAUACUCCCUCGGAGCCAGCGGAACGGUCGUUGUCCACAACACACAAGUCGUGAAUCAGACACUCAGUCAGAUAUUUGGAACCGCCGUCGCUGCACCAGACAACAGCGGCAGACUGACUGUUACUUUCCCCAACUCACCUGCACCAAUCGACUAUUAUAUUCUGGCCACGGACUACGAUAGCUACAGCCUUAUCUACAGUUGCGUCAACAUCGCCCAAAAUCGAAGAAGAGUCUGGAGCUGGAAGAUGAGUCGUACAAACAGUUUGACGGCAGCCGCGAACAAUGCCAUCAACCAAGUGAUCAGUCGUGUCAACGUCUUAGACAACAGAUACUUCGAACAGGUGGACCGUUCCGACUCCGGGUGCUUCUACUACCCCGAACCCAGCGCAGGCCCUGUCAUAUUCCGCGGACAGUGCGAUCAGAACAUCUCAGUUGUUGCUAACUUCGACGCUGUUAGGUACAUGGGCUUGUGGCACGAUAUUGAAUCUUAUCCGACGCCGUUCCAAGGCGGUACCUGCAACAAUGCAUAUUACACACUGAAUAGCGGCGUGGUGGAUGUUUACAACACUCAAGUCAUCAACCAAACUCUUGACACGAUCAAUGGGCAAGCAGUUCUGGCGAGUGUCGAUGGUAGUGCCAAGCUGAACGUCACAUUCCCUGUCGCCGGCACAAACCAAACGGUAGUUACUGACUAUUGGGUUCUGUUAACUGACUACGUAACGCAUUCUCUGGUCUACUCCUGCAGAAACCUAGACGAAGAGAGAAGAGAAGUAACAAGCUGGAAACUCAGUCGAACCAAAACGCUAACAGCAGCCUCGUCGGCGGCCAUUAAUGCUGCUAUGAACACAGUUAACGUACUGGACCAACGUUACUACCAGGCCAGGGACCAAUCUCGCGACGGCUGCUUCUACUUCCCUGAGCCACAGCCGGGCGUACAAGUUGUAUUCCCCGGACAAUGCGACCCUAACAUACCUGUCGUACAGAACUUCAACAUGAACCAGUUCCAAGGCACGUGGUACGAGAUCGAGGCGUACCCGAAGGAUGACCAACCAGGCCAGUGUAUCAACCACCAGUUCUCUGCAGAUACCAACAAUAGACUCAGCCUCAUCUCUAACAACGUCCUGAACCUCACUUUAGGUGUCUCCAACGGCAGUGUAUCCUUUGCGUCCAACGACAGAAGCGCAAGAUUGACCAUUACCAUCACGAGUAAUGGCACCACUGUAGAGAUCCCUUACUGGAUCGUGAGUACGGACUACAACAACUACGCCGUGGCUUACAGCUGUGUUAAUAUCAACGCUGACUUCCGAGGAGUUUGGAGCUGGAAGCUGAGCAGGACUAAGCAACUGUCAGCAGCAGCCAACACGGCCAUCAACAACGCCAUAGCCAACAUCGAUGUGCUUCAAAACAGAUACUACGAGCGCAUCGAUCAAAGCGACAACGCCUGCUUCUACUUGCCUGACCUCGGGCCUGGAGAACCCGUCGAGUUUGUCGGCCAAUGUGACACUAACGUCCCUGUCGUACAGGCCUUUAAUGCCGCUAGAUACUUGGGACUUUGGAGGCUAAUAGAAAGCUACCAUUCAAAUUUCCAAGGAGGCACAUGUAAUGAAGCUACAUACUCCCUCGGAGCUAACGGAACGGUCGUUGUCCACAACACACAAGUCGUGAAUCAGACACUCAGUCAGAUAUUUGGAACCGCCGUCGCUGCACCAGACAACAGCGGCAGACUGACUGUUACUUUCCCCAACUCACCUGCACCAAUCGACUAUUAUAUUCUGGCCACGGACUACGAAAGCUACAGCCUUAUCUACAGUUGCGUCAACAUCGCCCAAAAUCGAAGAAGAGUCUGGAGCUGGAAGAUGAGUCGUACAAACAGUUUGACGGCAGCCGCGAACAAUGCCAUCAACCAAGUGAUCAGUCGUGUCAACGUCUUGGACAACAGAUACUUCGAACAAGUGGACCGCUCCGACUCCGGGUGCUUCUACUACCCUGAGCCUAGCAAUGAUCCAGUUAUUUUCCGUGGACGAUGCGACCGUAAUGUUUCCGUAGUCCAAAACUUCGACGCAUCCAGGUACAUGGGCACAUGGUACGACAUACAAUCGUACCCAACGCCUUUCCAGAGAGGCACUUGUAACACAGCUGAAUACACUAGCUUAACCACUGGUAUCACGGUGGUCAACACGCAAGUUGUCAACCAACAACUGAGCACUAUGACAGGAUCCGCUGCUUUGGCUAGUAUUGACGGUAGCGCUCGGCUUACUGUUACCUUCAUCGUAGGCGGUGUUCAAGUUACAACAGAUUACUGGGUUUUGGCUACUGACUAUAGUUCCUACGCCUUGGUUUAUUCGUGCCGGGAUGUCGGUGAAGAACACCGUCAAGUCCACAGUUGGAAGCUAAGCAGGACUCGCGGCCUGACUGCUGCUGCUAAUACCGCUAUCAACGCCGUCAUUAACAACGUUCAGGUCCUGAGACAAGACUACUACGUCCAAAGAGACCACAGUCCUACCGGCUGCUUCUUCUAUCCUGACAACUUUGGCGGUGACGUUAUCUUGGAUGGACAAUGUGUGCCCGACAACCAAGUGCAGGCUGUCACUAAUUUCAAUCUUAAUGAUUUCGCCGGCACUUGGAAUGAAGUAGCAAGAUUCCCGUCAGAUUUCCAAAAUGGCGAAUGCGUGGCUUCGGAAUAUACUGUCAAUGGGGCGAACUCAUUUAAUGUCACCCAGAGCACCAUCAGGAAUGAAAGAGAGCACACCACACUCAUUCCCAGCGCUACGGUUGCCGCUGGUGGUAGGGGUGUCAUCAGUGCCACAAUCAGUGGGGUGCCGAUUAACAAUCUUUUCAUCUUGGCGACCGACUACACUGAAUACGCUUUGGCUUACAGCUGCAGGAAUCUCCCGCAGAACAAAAAACAAAUCUACAGUUGGAAACUCAGCAGGUCUCGUACUGGUCUCUCUGCGAAUGCUUCCAGGGCUAUUGAUGAGAUCGUCUCCAACAACAUCGAUCUCUUUGAAGGGUACUACAGAUACACGGAUCAAAGCAAUAACGGCUGUUUCCACUACCCUGUCUUCCCCGUCUUGCCUAACUACAUCACUCUACCAGGACCCUGUGACACAAGCAUCCGUGGCGUUUCCAAUUUCAAUUCAAAUGCGUUCUUGGGACGUUGGAUGGAGAUUGCUAGGUAUCCUCAACCAUCACAGCGAGGCCAAUGUAACCGAGCAGUAUAUAGCGCCGGCGACAACGCUAUUAACGUCACCAACUCUCAAGUUAUCAACAACACUUUGUCAACCAUCUCUGGAUCCGCGGUUGUCAUAUCUAAUGACACCACUGGGUUACUUCAGGUUACCUUAUCCCGUGGUGGCGAUGAUAUACGCAUUGCAGACCUCUACGUGCUAGUAACUGAUUAUAACAACUAUGCCCUCUUAUACAACUGCCGCAACUUGGACAAUAACAGGAGGCGAGUGGGUAGUUGGAAACUCAGCAGAAGUACCACACUCAGCACCCAAGCUCACAACAUCAUAGAUAGCGUCAUCGGAUCGACCCAGGGUCUUCUCGAAGAAUACUACCAACCCACCAGCCAGUCCGAAGAAACUUGCUUCUAUAUCCCCGAAGUUAAUGCUUAUCGCGCACCUGUCUUUAGAGGGCAGUGUGAAAACGUUCAGGCAGUUCAAAACUUCGAUUUACAAAGGUACCUUGGCUGGUGGCACGAGAUCGAGGGCUACCCAGUGGAUAAUCCUAAAGGAAAUUGUGUCAGCUCUCAAUACCAACAGUCUGGUAACCAAUACGUCGUGGUUGAUACCAGCGUGGCCAACGGAAAUGCUACCGUCGUAACAGGAACAGUAGGUGCAUCACCUAAUGGACGUCUUACUAGGACUUUAGCGAAUGGACAAGUGGAAGAAAUUUGGGUGCUUGCUACUGAUUACGAGACAUACGCUCUUCUUUACUCUUGUGUCAAUAUAGACUCGGAACACAGACGCAUCUGGAGUGCGAAACACAGCAAGUCAAGACAGCUAACACAGGCGGCACAGAACAUUAUGGCACCGAUUAUACACUCGAAUCGAGUUCUUGACCAGAAGUUCUACUUGCCAGUCGACCAGAGCGAUAGCGCCUGCUUCCACUACCCCGAACAGACUGGCCGGCAAAUCAUAUUGCCAGGCCAGUGCAAUAUGAACAUACCCGUCGUGCAGAACUUUGAUGUUGCUGCGUACGGCGGCACAUGGUACCAAAUAGAGAAGUACCCUCAAAUCCACGAGAGUGGCACUUGUAUCGGCGCCAGAUACAUCCUGGACCAAGCUAGUGGAGUCGUCAAUGUCCUCAAUUGGGAGGUCAUCAACGGUGUCUUGGUGACUAUUAGCGGAACGGCUGUACCCCAGUUUAAUGAUGGAUCAGCUCGACUGCAGGUCACAUUGCCUAUUGUUGGAACCAACGACACUGUGACGACCAGUCUUUACGUGCUAGCGACGGAUUACAAUUCCUACUCACUAGCAUACAGCUGUUUCAAUGUUAACCGCUUCCAGAGAGCUGUCGGAGCUUGGAAGCUCAGUCGCACCAGGACAAUGCCUGCUGCAGGAACAGCCGCCAUUAACGAGGUCAUCCAACGUCAGGAAGAACUCCACCAGCCCUACUUCGUACAAAUUGAACAAAGCCCGCAGUGCGAGGAACCCAGCUCGGGUCUCAUCGUCAAGAGCAGUAUUAUUAUGAUGCUUGUAUGCGCCUUAUUACAAUUGUUAUUGUAAAUAUUGUUCUCUAGUACCUAAGUGACAUUGUUUUAUUGAGAAUAAAUAUCUUUAAUACUUAAAAUAAGAUGCAGAUUUUCUAAUAGCUGUUAAGUAUAUAGAAAUAUUUUAAAGUAAAAAUUAGCCUAUAUUUUUAAAGCUAUCAGAAAAUCUCUGUACAAAAUAUAAAUAAUUUGUUUAGUGAAUUUAUAAUAAAUUAUUUUUAUACAUACAAUAA